AUGAUUGUGGAAGUUUAUAAAGAAUAUGAACAAAAACAGGAAGUGUUGCAAUCGUCUAGUAAGCAAGAAACUAUUUACGUUAUUUACUGCAAUGACUGUUGCAAAGAGGUAGUGAUUGACGAAGAAUUGUGUCCUCACUUUAAGUAUGUGGAACCUCAACAGGAAAAAACUUCAACAGAGGAAUUAUUAGCAAGUUUGAUGCAGAAGGCUCCACCUCUAUGGGAUCAUAGACUUUCCAUUGAAGAGAGAGGAAAAACGAUUAAAGACAAGUUAUGGCUCCAAGUUUUUACAGAAAUGGAAGGACAUUUUGCAUCAAUCAGUGAUAUGCAGAAGAAGUGGAAGAAUAUGCGUGAAUAUUUUCAUUAAAGUAAAAUCGGAGAUGGAUUGUUACAUUCCCAGCGGAUCCGGAACAAAAAAGAAAAUUAAAACGUG